UCAAAGCACCAAAAUGAAUAAAUAAAAUAAUAUAAAAAGGAUUGAGAGUUUACCUCAGCAAAAAUAGAUACAUAUAAUAAUAUUAUAAUCAUCCCCUGGAAUUGAACCCAGAGCCUCAAGCACUCUGUUACUGAGCUCCACCUUCAGCGGUACCCAAUAUGUUUCUAACACUGUUUGAUUCUCUGACACCCACUCUGUAUCACUUUAUAAUUUUUAAAUAGUAUUUCCUUGUGUUUCAAAAGGAGGCAAGAGCAAGAUAUGAAUAGCUCCUGUAGUCCUGUAGUUGCUCGCGCCUACAAGUUUGAGACCAGCCUGGGCAACAGGAGGAAAUCUCUGCGCCAAUAAUUAAUUAAUUAAUGAUUGAUUAAAAUGUAAAAGGAGGCAGAGAGCCAGGCAAGGCUACCCAAAGUCAGCUCCCUGUGAAUAACGGGCAAGGUCCCCGCCACCCCCGUUUCAGACAGUAGCCAAAGCAGCCCAGGUUCCCACCAGGAGAGCCACCGAGGGGCUUGGUGCCGCUCCAGGCUCGCCAGAGGUCGGGACUGCAGGGGCCCUGCCCCCUGUGCCGCCAGCCCUGCUCAUCACCACCGCCAGCCCGCCUCCAGGGCUGCUGGGGGAAGCGGUCCAGCUGGCAGCAGACACUAGGACGUGCGGGGCGGCCCGGCCGCGGUCCCCGGUCCCCGUGGGAGUCUUCAGCGCCGCAAGAAGUCGCUUUCUCAGGGUACCUGCAGGGGUCCGAGCAGCAGGGCCUGGUUCCUUGGCGUCCUAUGGAUCUGCACCACUCUGAGCUGAGUGGUGGGUAAGAGAUGCGCGUGGAGAGAAAGACUUCGCCGGGAGAAAGGAGGCCGCGCGCCAGAGGUGCUCAGUUCCGAGUUUCCUUGAGCUGGGCCCGGCCCGCUUUCCCCACUGAACUGCCGUCGAGUGCACAGCCCCCCCCCCCCGCCCACCCCGAUCGAUCGUAAAGUUCCAGAAGCUGCAGUGACGACCGGCCCGUCCUUUCAACCCGACAGCCGGAUCCCAGCCUUGCAGGUGCGGGGCGCGGGGGACCGGAGCGGUUCGGGACCCAGGUGACGCUGAGCCCCGGGGCCCUCGGGCCCGCUAGUGCAGGGAGUUGGUGCCCCGGAGCUCAGGGACAGAGAGGGUCAGAGAUGGGGCUUGAAACGGGGUGCGGGUGCUGCCCAGAAUGCAAAGUGAGCUUCCCGGCCGCCAGAGCAUCUGGGGGUUUCUGUCCGUCCGUCCGUUUGUCUUUGCUUUCGGUCUUUGGCGGGAGCAGAACUCACCCCGGCGGCGUCUGCAGUCCCCGGGGCGGCCUCAGGUUCUAGCCGUGCACGAGACCGGUGUGGACCGGUGCUGCGGGAGAUGCCGAGCUCGGUCAGUCCCUGGGCCGCGACAGGAGAGGAGAGGACGCUGGGGACCGCAGAGAAGCAGAGCCCAGGGGACCCGAGCCCCCGGCCUGGCCGCGCAGUUUUCCUGGCGGGUUUCCGUGGUGUCCUCUCGCAGGUCCGGAAGGGGGAAGGAUGUCAGAGGCCCUGCCCACCUGAGGGCCCGGCUGGCUGCGUUCGAGGCGAGAGGAGACAGCCAGUGCGAAGCUUCCGGAGGUCUAGGACAAAGCCUAAAGGGAUUGGGAAGCGCAGGUUCCUGGCGUUACUGCCUCGGAAAACACGAAGGGAUGGCACAGGAACACGCGCGGCCUCUUGGACCGGCACCCUGGAAACCGCAUCCCCGGGGCCCCGACGGGAGUGCCGGGUGGGAGGCAGGGACUCUGAGCGGGAAGGCGACUGAGAGUGGGCCUGCCCUGGCCUCGCAGGAAGGGCACCCCGAACCGCCCUGUACCCCCGAAGGCCGGGCAAUCCUCUUCCUCAGCAGACCCUGCGGGCAGCUUUCUCUACAACAGGGGACCCAGGAGACAAGCAGCGGCCAGGACUGGACCCAGGCCGGCAGUGGACAGGAGGCCGGAAGCAAGAUGCAGACUCGGAGCUUGGAGCUCGGAGCUCGGGGCUCCCAGGAAAUGCACCUCUGACUUGCAAUAUGGCACCAGAGGAGGGCCGCUGGCUGGCAUGAGAGUGAGGAAGCACCUAACUCAGAGGAAGUCGUCCCUCCAGGAGCCUCUGCGCUCUUCCGCACAGUGGGAAUGGGGACUCCGUCCCUCCGGCGAGGGCGUAGGCUCCCUCCCUUGGGGGCAGAGAGGGAGGACCCCACAACCAGAUGGGAAACAGGCUCCAAAGUGGGAAGGUCCCAGCCAUGAGGUUGAAACACACAAGGCCAGAGCAGAGACAACUCACUCCCCUCCUUCCCUCUCCCUUUAGGUCCCUGAAGAGUAAAAGAAUGCUGGGGCUGGAGAGAGGAACACCGAAGGGGAAAGAGAAUGCCCCGAGGCGAGGAGGAAGCGGACCUUCUGCAGGCAGCCACCCCCAACUCCAUCUAAAGUCCCGUUUCUCUCCCCUUAGGUCACGAUGGAGGGAGGCAAAUCUCUGCUCUGACCUGUGAACAAAAGCUGACAGCUCUCUAUAGUAUUAUCUCCUUGAUUUUAGGCCGAAGUAAGGAAAUUAUUUGGAUAUUUUGAUGCAGUAAUCAAAUAGUUUGGGCAAACCUAGAUAUGUGUCUGAAUUAUCACAAUUAAUACCUCAGGACUACCUCAAGUCUCUACUUGAUUCUCCAAAUGCAGUUGUGAUUCAUUCUCUUACACACACACACCCCUCUGUGACUUAGUUCUCUUCUCCCACAGGCUCACAUCUUGUUUCCCAGGUAAAGGGAAUAUUUCAUCAGGCCAUAUUUCAUGCCAGAAACGUGCCAUUUUCUAGAUCUCAGCUGACCUGAACUCUAUGCUGUUAAUGGAACUAAAAUACAACCAACUUGCCACCCCCAAGAAGUCUAGAGGACAGGCCUGGGGUGGAAGGAAAGGAGCAGAGAGAAGGAAAGACUACGAGGCUGGCGCCUGGGCGUGAUUAGACCGUCUACCCCGCCCGCCGCAACCUCGCAUAUAGCCCACAAGGUGGCGCCACAAAGCAGUCGCAGCGGGACGAACCAACUGCGAGUCCAGCGAGGCGUAUGUCCGUCACCGUCCGGGUUUCCAAUACCCAGGACGUGGAGUUACAGAAGUCGCCACGUGAAUUUUUUUUUAAAAAAGGAGAAUAAAUUGCAAUGAUAGUGUGCAACAAUGUCCUAAAGUGUAAAACUCUAACUUUUUUUACAUUUGUGGUUGCAAUUUUCCAAAAAGACGUAAUAAAUCUAGUAAUCUCACCCAAAUAUUAAUUCAUUUACUUUUUCAUAAAAGCAUCGAAUUUUAGUGAUGUUAGAAUGAACCUUGAAGGCUGCCUGGUCUACCUUUCCACCCUUAGGAGAAAACCCAGGGAUCGCUCUCCAGGUGUCAAUCACCCACGAGAGGUCACAAUUACUCAGAGCACGGCGCGUCGGGAAAGCACAAGAAGCGAUUUUAAAUCUAUGGUAAUAAUACCUUUGGGGUUAUAUAGCUUUUCUCUCAAGCAACAAGGAAAAAACGUUUACAUAUUAACCAAUUAAUUGUCCUAAUAUCCCUGUGGGUUGCUUAGAAGGCAGGUAUUAUUAUACAUGGUUUAUGGAUAAUUUAAAUCAAUUGACUGUCAAGCGCCGGAGAACGGCUGACCCCCAGUAAGUGCCAGACACUUCCAGAAAAAGCGGAGACACAGCCUGCUCGGCUCACCGCACGGCUUUCUGUGAUUAAUGUAUUUGAAAACUGACCCCUGACUUGAAGGUACGAAAUCACUGAGAUUGACUCCUGCACACAAGAAUAGGAUGGGAAACCACACUUCUUCCUAUAGAGCAAAACGCUAGUCUCUAUCUCCACGUCUUCCGUCCCGACGCGAACCAAUCUGCACCCCACGUCCCCA